AUGAAUCCAUCUUUACAAGGAGCAUGUGGGGACCCGGAGAUCCGUGAUCAGGAACUGGAGACUCCAAAAAGCAGCGGCGAUGACGUGCUGUUGGAGGAGGAGAUUCGCAGCAUCAGGGCUCAGAUGAUUGAGCAGCAGGUGUUCCAGGGCAGCCCAAACCCAGCGCAGCUGCACAGGCGGCCCUACACCCCGGAGAAGUACUCUCCUGAGCAGCAGGAUCGCAGGAGGUCUCACCCCAGUGGAGCCACUCAGCGUGAUCUGCAGUCUGAGUGGAGCGCCAGGGAUGAGGUCCUGUGGGACAGCCGACUUCAGGAUGCUGAUGGACACACGUGGAGGAGGCAUUCUUGGAAGCAUGCAACAAACAGCCAACCAGGCACAGCCAGGCAAACCUUCGACUCCCCGCGCAGCUAUGCACCUUUCCCGGCGAAUGGCUAUGGUGCACAGCAGGCUCCCUGGCAAGGCGGUGCAGCAGGCCCGCCUUACAACUGGCAGCCAGAUCACCUGAUGUACCCCGACAGCAGGCCUCGGCAGGGGUUCUAUGAGGGGUAUGGCGGCUUCGGGCGGCAGGGAAUGGGCCCAUAUGGGGCCCCAUCUCACCAGGGGGACAGCGCUGGAUACCAGGUGCACAGCUCCUUCACAGCAAGCCUCAGUGAGCGCUCUGGACAGCAGCAGCAGCAGGGCUUCUUGGCUCACCCGCCACAUCCGCAUGCCGGCCUGGCGAGCGGCUGGCCCAUGCAUGAGGCCGGGAGUGCAAAUGCAGAGCAGUCCUGGGAUGGGGCAGAGACCUCCGAAGCACAUAAGCUGCUGCAGGAACUGGCUGAUGCGCAGGCGGCUGAGAGGGACUAUCUGGGCACAAUCAAAAGCCUGUCUGCGAGGCUGGAGGCAGCGAUGGGCAGGGAGGCCACACUGAGACAGAGGCUGUUCAAAGCUGAGGCAGCUGCCAGCACUCUUGACACAAGGCAGCCCUCCGCGGUGGUGGAAAGCCCAGGAGUUCCGUUGGCACCGGCCAGCGAGAUCAGCACAGAAGCGCCUGGUCAGGCGCAGAACAUUGUGAAGAUGCCUGGGGAGAAGAAUGAGACUAUGGCAGAGCCACUGCCAGCACCAGAGGAGGCCGAGGCUCCCCAGCAGAAAUUGGAGAGCCCUGCAGAGCAAUCCGCUGGCAAAGAUGCAGCAUUGGAAAGGGAGCGUGCGGAGACUGCCGCACUGCAGAUCAGCCUGGAUGCAGCCAAUGAGACGUGUCGCAACCUCCAGCGUGAACUUGCGUUUGCCAAUAAACGGCUUGAGAACACUGCGACAGAAGGUCGCCAGGCGGAUGCACAGCUGGCGCGCAUGCGGGCGGCCAAUGCUGAGCUGGAAUCCAGCCUGGAGCGGGCCAGGGCAGAGAUCUCCCAGAUGAUGGACCAGCUGCGGGAUGAUGCGCGGGCACUGAAGGCAGCAGAGCGGCAGAGGCAGGAGGCAGAGUUCCAGGCCGUGAGCCUGCGGCAGGCGCUGGACGCUGCAAAGAGGAGCGUGGCCACGCGGGAACAGGACUUUGUGCGCCUGCAGCAGAACCUGCACACCGCCAGGGCAGAGCUGGCAGACCUCCAGUCGCGCUACAGGCAAUUGGAGCGGUCCUCGCUGAUGUCACAGCCCGUCGUGCUGCCAGCUGGCGUGCGCACGGCCAGCCAUGACGGCGCGAGCCCGCUGCCGACCUCCCGGCAGGAGGGGACGCCCCGCCAGACAAGACCGCCCUCUCCGCGCAGCAGCAAUGCCUCCCUGCCGAGCAGCAUCGAGACCGCCACCCGUGGAUUCACCCGCGGCCCGCCAGCCACCCUGGUAUUCCACCCCGACCCCAUGCCAAAACUGGCAGCCCUGCACAACGGCCACCACUGUGUCAGCUCCCCUGAGCUGCCAAAUGGACGACCCAACACUGACGCUGCCUCCACUGCAGCCUUGAUGUAUGACCCUGACCAAAGGCAGCCGGGUCCUCUGCGGCCGGAGAGCGCCCUCUACAAUGACCGGCAUGCAAGGAGUCCAGAACCUCCGCCGUCCCACUCAGAGGACCACAGAAGCCUCAUGUCCGACAGCCAGGACAAGCCUCACUGGCAUUGGGAAGCGGGAGGGCGCCAGAUCAGGCACGCGGCGGCUGCGCAGCUGCAGAUUGGCGCCUUUGACAGCCAAGCGCUGUUUGCUGAGCGGCCGGCUGCGGGGCUGGCGUCGGACCAUUCCGGCGCUCGGGAGAGGGCUGCAGAGCAGCAGCAAGCGCAGCAGCAGCGGUACAGGGCAGAGCAAGCGUGGGCUGAUGCCGCCGACCCGCCAGCAUAUGGAGCUGAGUCGGCAGCAGAUGCUUCGCCAUCAUGGGGCAGUAAUGAUGAGAACGAGAGCAGACGUGGCAGUGUUGCCCAAGGGAGCGGUGUCAGAGACAGCAGCUCUGUGCAUAGCGACGAUGCCGGCUAUGUAUUGCAAAAUGGGGCCAGGAAUGCUGCUUUGGCGCUCAGGCAAGAGCAAUAUGACGAUUCAGGCACCGAGAGCGGCGCCUUCCGGCCGUACGCCACCGAUCUGUCCCUGCAGGACUUCAUGCGGCGGGAGAAGGUGCUGGAGGACCGGCUGCUCGUGCUCAAUGAGGAGGACAAGCGGCUGGAGGCCGAGUAUGCGCGCAUGCCAGCCGUCAGCGCCGGCCGCACUCUGGCCGAGCGCCGCCGGCGCGCUGAGGUGGAAGCCACGCUGGAGGCCAACAAACGCGAGGGCAGCAACCUGCGCCUGCAGCUCAAGCGGCUCGGCGUGAAGUGA